AUGACCGAAGGUCCUUCAUAUUCAAAAAAGAUUGUGGUGGUUGGGGAUGGUGGAUGCGGGAAGACUUGUCUUUUGAUAAGUUACAGUCAGGGAUAUUUUCCAGAGAAAUAUGUUCCAACGGUAUUUGAGAAUUAUAUUACCUAUCCGACACAUCAACAAACAGGAAAGACACUCGAAUUGGCGUUGUGGGAUACCGCAGGACAGGAGGAAUAUGAUCGUCUCCGUCCCCUAUCAUACCCGGAGACGGAUUUGUUAUUUGUUUGUUUCGCCAUCGAUUGCCCGAAUUCCCUCGACAAUGUUAUGGAUAAGUGGUAUCCUGAAGUUCUACACUUUUGCCCAUACACACCACUCAUUCUCGUCGGUUUGAAAUCCGACUUAAGAACGAAACGUACCUGUAUCGAUCUACUCAAAACUCAAGGUCUCACACCCGUCACUACCGAACAAGGAAUGGCUGUUGCAAGAAAAAUGGGAGCUCGUUACAUGGAGUGUAGUAGUAAGGAAAUGACCGGUGUGGAGGAAAUCUUUACAGAAGCCAUCAACACAGUUGUCGUCAACGAUCGAAGCAACCAACCAACCACUUCAUCAUCAUCUAGUACACCACCGGGUACAUCAAAUUCCCAAGGUGUAAUCAUUCCGAAAAAGAAGAAGCGCAGUUGUCGAUUCUUGUAA